AUGGCGUCUUCACUAUCCUUACUUCUCAAGAAGUCGAGCCUCGACGACCACGAACAACUCCUCGAGGCAAGCAACAGGGCCCUGAAGGCUUCCAGCUCCGACUCGCAGGCCCAACAUGUCAAAGUCGUCGCACUCAUUAAACUCGAUCGCUACGAGGAAGCUGUGCAAUUUGUCCAAGGAGCGGGAAAGUCAUUGCAGAACGAGGUUGAAUUAGAAUACGCAUAUGCGCUUUACAAGACCGGGCAGUUGGAAGAGGCCGCGAUCCUUGCAUCCAAGAUCCAGGGCAAUCGAGGCGCCCAACACAUUGAAGCGCAGGCGAGCUACCGGCUGGAGGAUUGUCGGCGCACAGCCGAUAUUUACAAACGCAUUCGUGGGCAACCGCACGACUCGGAGGAGUUUGAUCUGAGGGUGAACCAAGGGGCGAUCGAUGCUCAAGCACAGUGGCUAGGGCUUGCAGACGCAAGCGCGAUACCGAGACCCAGCAGGCAGGAUUUAGAUGCAUUUGAGACGGCGUACAAUGCGGCCUGCGGGAGUAUUGCGAGAGGGGAGCUCGCGCAGGCGGAAAUGCUACUGAAGCGGGCUAAAGAACUCUGCAAGCACUCGGAAGACCUCUCCGAACAACAGAAAGCCGACGAGCUGCUGCCGAUCUCGGUGCAACAACUUUAUGUGCUCCUAUCGCUGGGCAAGUCUACUGAAGCGGGAGCGCUGGUCAACGAAAUCAAUGUUGCCAAUGCCUCGGACCUGUCGACCAGGAAGAUCGGUGAGAGCAACAUCCUGAUGGCCUCUUCAUUGGACAAUCCCUUCGCGGCACACAAGGCUUUCAACUCGGUCAAGGAAGUUCCCCAUGACGACAGGCUAUUUUCUUACCAGAGUGUUCCGCUGGAGUCGAAUCAAACGGCGUUGGAUCUCCAAAGCUUCAAGUUCGAUGGUAUCAUCUCGGCCACGUCCAAAGUCAUCAGUAAACACCGCGCACCCACAUUGUCGAGUGCCGCAGUGCUGGCAUCACAAUUCAAUGCCUCAGCACACGCCAUGACCAAAACUGGCAAAGCAGCGAUCAAGAGGAUAUUGCCAGAAUUAGAGAAGCGGCCGAAUGACGUGGGCUUAAUUAUCACUCUGGCACAAUUGUACGUUUUGGUCGGAAACAACACAUCGGCUGUCGAGCUGGUACAGACCUUUUUCGAUCGCCUCGAGAAAUCCGUGGCAGAAAAUGAACAGGAUAUCCGAUUCAAUCCCGUCCUGGUCAGCCUGUUCAUCAGCCUACUUAAGACGCGUGGCCAGCAGUCACAAAUCAAGCAGGAACUCGCGAAAGCAGCUGGCUACUGGCGAAGCAAACCCAACCCUGCAACACAACUGCUCACCGCAGCGGGAAUUUCAUUACUGGAAUCUCAGAAGGAGGAAGAUCUGAAAGCCGCGUCUGAGAUCUUCGAUAAGCUCCGGGAACAACGACCGGACGACAAGGCGACCGUAGCGGGUUAUGUAGCCUCUCACGCGGUCACCGGGGGAGACUCGAACACUCUGCAGGUGGAAGCGGGCAAGCUGACAGCAAUAUCUGAGCUGAUUCGAAACAUUGACGUGGACGGACUGGAAAAGGGCGGGAUCCCACAAUCGUCGAACGCACUGGCAAUUGCACAGUUGAGGCGGGCGAAAAAACGUGGCGCUGCAGAUGGCACGAGCUCGAAAGCCAAGCGAGUGCGCAAAUCAAAACUGCCGAAAGACUACGAUGCGAGCAAGAAGGUCGACCCCGAGAGAUGGCUUCCGAUGAAGGACCGAAGCUACUAUCGAGCUCCUAAAGGCAAGAAGAAGGGAAAGCGUGGGGGUGGUGGUGACGACAAGACACAAGGCGGUGUGGUUAGUGAAGACCUGAACAUCGAUGCAAAGCCGGCGACUGUGGUAGCCGGUGGCGGUGGCGGCGGUGGCGGCGGCAGCAAAAAGAAAAAGGGUAAGGGAAAGAAGUGA